CCGCAGGCGGGGAGCCCGCGCCACCGCGCCCGGGCCGCCGGCGAUGAUCACCUAGGAGGCUGGCGCGGGCGGGCGCGAACUGCGGAGGAGCCGGGCGCGGCGACACGCGGCCAUGGAACGGGAGCCGGCGGCGGCCGAGGAGUCCGGGUCCCCGGGUCGUCGUCGGCGGCGGCGGCGGCGGCGCGGGGACGGCAGGACGCGCGUGGUGCGCUCCAACCUGCUGCCGCCCCCGGGCGUCGAGGACCCAGCGGCCGGCGCGGCCAAGGGUGCGCGGCGGCGGCGGCGCGGGGGCGCUCAGCACCUGGCGGACAACCGGCUCAAGACCACCAAGUACACUCUACUGUCCUUCCUGCCCAAGAACCUAUUCGAGCAGUUCCACCGCCUGGCCAACGUGUACUUUGUCUUCAUCGCGCUGCUCAACUUCGUGCCGGCAGUGAACGCCUUCCAGCCCGGCCUGGCGCUGGCGCCCGUGCUCUUCAUCCUGGCCGUCACGGCCUUCAAGGACCUGUGGGAGGACUACAGCCGCCACCGUUCGGACCACGAGAUCAACCACCUGGGCUGCCUCGUCUUCAGCAGGGAGGAGAAGCAGUAUGUGAAUCGAUUCUGGAAAGAAAUCCGAGUGGGAGAUUUUGUGCGUCUCCGAUGCAAUGAGAUCAUCCCUGCGGACAUUCUGCUGCUCUCCUCCAGUGACCCGGAUGGACUAUGCCACAUCGAGACUGCCAACCUGGAUGGAGAGACCAACCUGAAGCGAAGGCAGGUGGUCCGUGGCUUCUCAGAGCUCGUAACCGAAUUCAAUCCUUUGACGUUCACCAGUGUAAUCGAGUGUGAGAAGCCAAACAAUGACCUGACUAGGUUUCGUGGUUGCAUCAUACACGACAAUGGGAAAAAGGCCGGGCUGUAUAAAGAAAACCUGCUGCUGCGAGGAUGUACCAUCAGAAACACAGAAGCUGUUGUCGGCAUCGUCAUCUAUGCAGGACAUGAAACCAAGGCUCUGCUGAACAACAGCGGGCCCCGUUACAAGCGCAGCCAGCUUGAGAGGCAGAUGAACUGCGAUGUGCUCUGGUGUGUCCUCCUCCUCGUUUUUAUGUCUCUGUUUUCUGCAGUUGGACACGGACUGUGGGUACGGCGGUAUCAAGAGAAGAAAUCAUUAUUUGAUGUCCCUGAGUCUGAUGGCAGCUCUUUAUCCCCAGUCACAGCUGCAGUUUACUCGUUUUUGACAAUGAUAAUAGUUCUGCAGGUUUUAAUCCCAAUUUCCUUAUAUGUUUCCAUUGAAAUUGUUAAAGUAUGCCAAGUGUACUUCAUUCAUCAGGAUGUAGAGUUGUAUGACGAAGAAACGGACUCGCAGCUGCAGUGUCGAGCUCUGAACAUCACGGAAGACUUAGGGCAGAUACAGUAUAUCUUCUCAGAUAAAACAGGAACUUUAACUGAAAAUAAGAUGGUUUUCCGAAGAUGCACUGUGUCUGGCAUAGAAUAUUCCCAUGAUGCAAAUGCCCAGCGUCUGGCCAGGUACCAGGAAGCAGACUCCGAAGAGGAAGAGGCAGUGCCCAGAGGGGGAUCGCUGCCCCAGCGCGGCAGCAUUGGGAGCCACCAGAGCUUUCGCGUCGUGCACAGGACCCAGAGCACCAAGUCACACCGGCGCACAGGCAGCCGGGCCGAGGCCAAGCGGGCCAGCAUGCUGUCCAAGCACACGGCCUUCAGCAGCCCCAUGGAGAAAGACAUCACACCCGAUCCAAAGCUGUUGGAGAAGGUGAGUGAAUGUGACAGGUGCCUGGCCACCGCAAGGCCCCAGGAACGCCCACUGGCCCACCUUUCACCAGAGCUCUCUGACGUGUUCGACUUCUUCAUCGCACUCACCAUCUGCAACACAGUAGUAGUCACAUCCCCGGAUCAGCCACGACAAAAGGUGAGAGUGAGAUUUGAGGUGAAGUCCCCCGUGAAGACGAUAGAAGACUUCCUACGGAGGUUCUCACCCAGCCGCCUGACCUCAGGCUGCAGCAGCAUCGGGAGCCUGACCGCCAACAAAGCCACCCACAAGUCAGGGUCCAACUUUCUGUCCACCCUAUCCAAUGACAGCACACUGUUCAAGCUGGAGGAGAGGCUAGGCCAGCCAGCCGCGGCCAUCGCCAGCAAUGGCUAUAGCAGUGGGGCUGCCAGCUGGGGCCCAGAGCACACUGCCCAGGAGCAGAAGCUGCAGCGGGAGCAGGAACAGGAGCUGCGCUAUGAGGCAGAGAGCCCCGACGAGGCGGCGCUUGUGUAUGCUGCGCGGGCCUACAACUGCGCGCUGGUGGACCGGCUGCACGACCAGGUGUCCGUGGAGCUGCCCCACCUGGGCAGGCUCACCUUCGAGCUCCUGCACACACUGGGCUUCGACUCUAUCCGCAAGAGGAUGUCAGUGGUGAUCCGGCAUCCACUCACCGAUGAGAUCAAUGUCUACACCAAAGGAGCCGACUCAGUGGUCAUGGACCUCUUGCUGCCUUGCUCCUCAGAUGAUGCCAGAGGAAGGCAUCAAAAGAAAAUCAGAAGCAAGACUCAGAAUUACCUCAACCUGUAUGCCGUGGAAGGCCUGCGCACCUUGUGCAUUGCCAAGAGGGUUCUGAGUGAAGAAGAGUAUGCCUGUUGGUUGCAAAGCCACUUAGAAGCAGAAUCUUCCCUGGACAACCGUGAGGAGCUUCUUUUCCAGUCUGCCAUUCGCCUGGAAACAAAUUUACAUCUGUUGGGUGCCACUGGGAUUGAAGAUCGCCUGCAGGAUGGAGUCCCAGAAACCAUUGCUAAAUUGCGUCAAGCAGGCCUGCAGAUUUGGGUUCUCACUGGUGACAAACAAGAAACAGCCAUUAACAUUGCAUAUGCCUGCAAACUGCUGGACCAUGAUGAGGAAGUUAUCACCCUGAAUGCUGAAUCCCAG